CACCGGAAGUGACGCGGUAAAAGGUGUUGCUGGUGAGCGCGGUAAAUUCGUGUUGUGGUUGUGGAGUAAAUGGCGUAAAUAAAGUUUAUGGUGACCGAACAUGGACUGCGGCGGAGGGAUGUUUUGCGGCAAACACAUGAGCAGCUUAACGCGUUUUUUCUUUACGUGUGGUCGGUGUUUGGAGUUUCUAAAGGACGCGGACCAGACGGAAACACCAGACAUACUGCAUCUACGAAACCUCGGUGUCAUCCCCAUGAGACUGAGGACUGAUUGCGGCACCAUCACAGUGACUACUACUCUGGUGUACGGUUCAUCUAUAAAUAACCAGCGUAUUGAGUCCUGGUGGUCUAUAUUUAGAAAGGGAAGGUCUCAGUUCUGGAUGGAGUUAUUUGCAGACCUUAGAGAAGCCGGAUACUUCAACGGGAGUCAUGAGCAUCAGUGCCUAUUGAGAUAUUGCUUUGGUGAUGUUAUUCAGAAGGACUUGGAUGAGUGUGUGAGACUGUGGAACAGUCACAGGAUUCGCCCUUCCAGAACAGCAGCAUGUCCAGGAGGAGUGCCCAAUGAACUCUACUACUUACCACACAGGUUUGGCUCCAGAGACUGCGGAUUUCAAAUUGAACAGGCUGAACUGGAUGCCCUUCCUGAGGCUAGCCUGUCAAUGGCUCCUUGUGGGGACCCAAACAUGCAGGAGUACUUGGACUUUGCCAUGGAACGCAAUCAGUUACAAAAGCCAGAGAACUGGGAGUCUGCAUCAGAACUGUACAUGAAACUAAAAGAAAUGGCUCAGCUAUGAAAUGAUCAAAAAGG